AGGCAACCCAUUGGUUAGAGGAAGGCCUGCAGGCUCACUUGGUAGAGACAGUAGAGAGGGCAGAAUGUUCUCUUGCUGUCUUCGGACUACUCGAGGCUCAAGCCUCAAGAAAGACAACAGGAGGGACCAUGAUGUUGUCUGGAGGCACAGACUUCAGUCUUGCCUUCAGUGCCUAUGGCCAUUUACUCAAAGGGGAAAUAAUUUGACCAAAGCCAACCACAGAAUGACUCACACAGACCUGGAUGAGAAGGUUUCUGCGCAAAAGAACCUGAUGGAGACCAGGACUGAGUCAUACAUCAGGGCACAGACUGUGGUUGAGCAGAUGAACACACUGGUGCCUUCUCUGGACAAAGGGUACCCAUUGGUUGACUUAGCUUUUCUAUCUACAUAUAAAAGUUCUGCCACACCCCUUCACAUAUUGGACCUGCUGUUUGUGAGGUACGCAUACUUCAGCCCUCAUUCUAAAGAGGAUGAACAAGUAAAGAACACCCUCUGUAGCUUCUUGGAAACAUGGAUCGACAAGAACCCUGAGGACUUUUGUGACCCAUCAGACUUGUUGCCUCUGAAAUACCUGAAGGCCUACUUGAGUGUAUACAUCCACUGUGAUCUUAGUGUCCGUGUCAAGAGGCUGCUGACACAGUUGGAGGAAGAACAUGCCAAGGAUUCCCAGGCCGAAGAUGAGGAAGACUCAGAUCUGGGGAGACACACAUCUUCAGAACCACAGAUUGAAUGGGUUUAAACCAACAGGGAAAAGAGACAUUCUGGAGGCUGAACCAACUUGUGCACCAGAGCUGGAGGGCAGAGAACCCUCUAGAAGUUUCUGUGACACAAGAGACUUUGUAACCAGAUGUGUCAGCAGCUGCCCAGACAGCACACAUGAUAGCAGCUGUGGAACCUGUGUCUCAGUCUGUCUGUAGAUGCAAUGUAUCUUUCAGUCAUUUCCUGCUUGUUACAGUGGGCCUACCUAUUUAGAGAAUGGCCCUGUCAGCUGUGGUCAUCAAUUGGUAUCCAUCUUAUAUCUGAUCUGUGGCCCCUUUGCCUCAUGAUCAGCUGCUGAUUUCAAUCCAGCAGCAGUUCCAACCCCACAAGCCAGCCUUCCCCUCCCCUGAGAAAGAGCCCUUUUAUUCCUUCUGAUAUUUCAAUAUUGUGUUUAUUUUAAGUAUUAGUUUAAUAAAUUGUUAGUAUUUGUUUA